AUGAUUGCAGCAGUGGAAUCAAUCCUUAGUCAGACGGAGGCAACGGAGGAGACCAAGAGCCUCAUCCGACACCAAGUGUCGUCUCUCCUGAUGGCCCACAGGCCGCGGGAAGUGCUUUCCAAGGUCGAACUUGAUGCUCUUAGAGAACUCAGGGUCGACAAAGACCUGGUCAUCGUGUCAGCGGACAAAGGACGCGCCACAGUUGUACUGGACAGGACAGACUACCUUCAAAAAGCCAAAGGUUUACUGGAGGACCGACAGUUCUAUGUCCCAUGUGCAACAAACCCUGUAAAGGCGCUGACACGCGAAAUUAAUGCUACGCUGUUGGCCUUGGAGAACUCAGGUGCCAUAACACCGACCGAGAGACGCAUGGCGAGACCCCAAGAUACGGGUUUGGCCCGAUGCUAUGGCCUCCCUAAGGUGCACAAAGACGGCGCUCCUCUCCGACCCAUCGUGUCGCUCAAAGGGACUCCAACGUACGGACUGGCUAAGUGGCUGUUCCGGCGUCUCAAGUUCCUGACCGCUGAGUCAGACACCACGGUCUCUUCGUCAGCACAAUUCCUGAAGAAACUCAAAGAGGUAAGCAUCCAUCCAAAUGAGGUCAUGGUAUCUUUUGAUGUUACAUCCCUUUUUACUUCUAUUCCCCAGGACCUGACGAUCGAGACAAUUGAGCUGCUACUACAAAGCAAAUACGUUGAAACUGAGAACCGUCCUUCAGCUCCUGAAGCUCUGUCUCAGGACGUACUUCACGUUCGACGGGACAAUCUACGAACAGGUGAAGGGCACACCAAUGGGUUCGCCGAUUUCGGGAUUCAUCGCCGAGGCGGUCCUGCAACGGUUAGAGUCGCUGGUCUUCCAACACCACAGACCGAAAUUCUGGGCCCGGUAUGUGGAUGAUACCUUCGUCGUCAUCGAACGGGAUCAGGUGUUGACACUCCAAGAACAUCUCAACGCCGUCUUCCCGGACAUUCAAUUUACGAUGGAGGAGGAAGAGAACAACCAGCUGGCCUUCCAGAAUGUCCUCGUAUGCCGCAAAGAUUGUGGUGAACUAAAAACCAAAGUGUUCAGGAAAGCGACAAAUACGAUGCGAGUACUGAACCUCAACAGCAACCACCCAAUCAGCCACAAACGCCGUUGUGUAAGGAUGCUCUAUCGGCGUGUCGAAACGCACUGCACUGAGCCGGAAGACAAGAUUGUCGAACUACAAUAACUCCGACGGGUAUUCAAAGUCAAUGGCUACCCGCGCAACUUCGUCAACCGGUGCAUACGCAAAAGGGACGAAAGGCCUAACCGCAUGGGCACCAAAUCUUGGUGGGCGUUUCCGUAUUCCAAGAACGUUUCGGAACUUGUCGACCGCCUUCUCACACCACUUGGGGUUGGAGUGGCACACAGACCGGAGGAAACCAUCAGGCGUCUGGUCAUGAAACCGAAUGACCACUGCCACGGCUAGAAACGUCUGGAGUCGUUUAUCGGAUCUGGUGCAGUUGCGGACAAAGCAACUACGUCGGAGAAACCGGAAGACAGCUCCGAACGAGAAUGGCCGAACAUGCUGCAGCGGUGCGGAGAAAUGACGUCAGCUCUCAAGUUGCGGCUCAUUCGACGAGAUUCGGCCACACAUUCAGAUUCGAUGUGGCCGAAAUUCUCGCAAGAGGUGACAACCGCGUGAGCCGGGAGCUACUGGAGUCAUGGUUUACUGGCCCCCAGUCCAUCAACAAGUGCAACGAUCCUUCCACUCCAUACUGCGUGCUAAAACUUCGCCUAGGCGGAGUAACAAGCCAUGCGGAGAGCGCAGAGGUGAACUCUUUUCCCAACACCGGGGUCGGUGCGUCAGAUGGUCGAGCAAUCAUCACGCCAACAUCCAACGCACGUGAUGAAAUUGCAGCAAUUAUCGACUUGAAUGUCGGCCAUCAAGCAAUGAUCACACCAAGUGCGACGAUCCCGGAUGAAGGGGGGAGCCGUGAAUGUUCAUAGGUAUGCGGUAGUACGGCUACUGCAUCCUAUAAAUACCGCAGCCCCUUGUGCAACAACCACCCGUUUCUGCUUUUCUGUCUCUGAUGAUGGAUUCGCGUAGGAAUCCGAAACGUCAGGCUAAUAAAGCUCUUGUCCCGGCGAUCGUGUCUCCUUCUUCAAGACUAUAAUGACUUUUAUA